GAGCAGCCAGCGGCCACCGGCUCCGGCAGCGGCGCAGAGGGGAUCGGCGCGCGCGGCGAGCACGACAUUCCACGGGACCCGCCGAGCCGCGUCGGGAUAGCCGCUGGGCUCCCGCACCCCGACCUUCCUCGGCCUCCGCACCUUCGGCUUGUCCCCCCGCGGCCUCCAGUGGGACGGCGUGACCCCGCCCGGGCUCUGGGUGCUCCCGGGGCCGCGCGCCAUGGGCAGCCCCCGCUCCGCGCUGAGCUGCCUGCUGUUGCACUUGCUGGUUCUCUGCCUCCAAGCCCAGGUAAGGAGCGCUGUGCAGAAGCGGGGGCCGGGCGCGGGGGACCCAGCUGACACUCUCGGGCAGGGACACGAGGACCGACCCUUCGGCCAGCGCAGCAGGGCUGGAAAGAACUUUACAAAUCCAGCCCCAAACUACCCCGAGGAGGGAUCUAAGGAACAGAGAGACAGUGUCCUGCCUAAAGUCACACAGCGAGAAGGCCCGGGCGGGGGGCCUGCGCUGGGCAGGGAGCCCGCUUCCCUGCUCCGAGCUGGCCGGGAGCCCCAGGGUGUUUCCCAACAGCAUGUGAGGGAGCAGAGCCUGGUGACGGAUCAGCUCAGCCGCCGCCUCAUCCGGACCUACCAGCUCUACAGCCGCACCAGCGGGAAGCACGUGCAGGUUCUGGCCAACAAGCGCAUCAACGCCAUGGCAGAAGACGGAGACCCCUUCGCAAAACUCAUUGUGGAGACCGAUACUUUUGGAAGCCGAGUCCGAGUCCGAGGAGCAGAGACAGGUCUCUACAUCUGCAUGAACAAGAAGGGGAAGCUGAUUGCCAAGAGCAACGGCAAAGGCAAGGACUGCGUGUUCACGGAGAUCGUGCUGGAGAACAACUACACGGCGCUGCAGAACGCCAAGUACGAGGGCUGGUACAUGGCCUUUACCCGCAAGGGCCGGCCCCGCAAGGGCUCCAAGACGCGCCAGCACCAGCGCGAGGUGCACUUCAUGAAGCGCCUGCCGCGGGGCCACCACACCACCGAGCAGAGCCUGCGCUUCGAGUUCCUCAACUACCCGCCCUUCACGCGCAGCCUGCGCGGUAGCCAGAGGACUUGGGCCCCGGAGCCCCGAUAGGCGCUCGCCCAGCCCCUCCCCGCCCGCCCUCCUGGCCGCGGACUCCAGUGAGACCUCGGCGGCGGCACUGCGAAGGGGAGGAGCUGGGGAGCUGCCUUCUAGUUGUGCAUAUUGUUUGCUGUUGGGUUUUGUUUUUGUUUUUGUUUUUGUUUUUUUUUUAAACAAAAGAGAGGCUCUAUUUUUGUAUUCCACUGGCUGUGAUGUCUGUCUUCUUAGCUCUCAGGAAAGCCCACUGGUGACCUAAGACUGGGUUCCUGUGGGGCUCCCUGCGGUGGAGGGCUCUCUGGUCUGGCAGAUGUUCUCCUGAAGUCCCAGCACUAGCAGGGCACCUGGCCAGGCCAACCAGGGCCACUCUGUACCCCAGGCAGGGGUAGGGAGAAAAAAAAAAAAAAAAAGAUUAAGCCUAGGUCAGUCCCUUAGGGGUGGGUGUCAGUGAAGGUGGUUGUGUACUAGUUACUAUUAAACGACUGAAACGUUUAUUUAACUUGCAUAUUA